UAUCUAGGGUCUGCCUUCAACUCUCGAACUCUCCGCAGAUUCUUAACUUCCGGCAUAUCGCGUCAAUGGCGCUAGCAGCUUCGUGUUUGAGUUGAACAAUAUCUGCUUUGCGUUUCUUCCAGACCUUAUCAACCUAGCUUCUCGUUGCUGAGAUCGUUGCUGGCGCCCUUUAGCUAGUUCUCGUUAGCGGAUUUUUAACCAUUGCUAGACGUGGUGGAACAUGGCGCAGCUACACUUGGAUAAGGAAAACCAAGUCUCGGUAGCUUCAGCAAAGGUCGAAGUGAGAUGUGGAGGUUUGGGUCCUGUGAUUGGCGGAGCAGAGCCCGCAGCCUCAUGCAACUCACUGUCUGCUUCUCGCACAUCGUUGCCAUAUAGAUUUCCAGGGUCCAAGGAUAGAAGAGAUCCGCCACCCUGGGAGGCAACACUAUUGGAGCACGUCAGAAGCAUUCUACGAGAGCAGCGAGCACUUCCUGACAGUAAACCGCUUCGCCAACGGAAUGAGCUAUUGUUGAACAUUCGCAAAUCGCCAGAGUCUCCAACCGCUUGGCUGGAGUUCCUUCUGAACGAGGAACGAAUAGAGAGGUUUAGACAGGACGCGCGAGGAGCGGGGGAUGGUGAGGGAUCCGUAGAAGUUCUCAAAGUGCUGUUUAGUCUUUUCCUUCUCGCCAGAGGCUUGAUCCCAGUGGCAACUUAUCGCCACCACCAUGCGUUUGUUCGGAUAUGGCUGGAGAUCGCGAGAAGGCAAUUAACGGAUGAGGAGGAACAUGAGACUUACAAGCACAUGAAACAUCACCGCAUCGGAGAGCGGACUGCAAAGCGCUACAUUCAACACGCCCGCUUCGAAUUACGUAGAGGCAACCUGACCAGGGCGAUGGCGUUACUUAUUCGGGGAAAGGCGUACAAAGCAGAGCCCGCGCAGGACAUUCAGAUGUGGACGGCUGAGCUAGGGAAGCUGGAUGCAAGCAUCCCUCUUCCGUGCCAUCCACGGCGGGAAAUCGGUGUGGAUGAGUACACGUGGUGGGCGUCGCUGAAGCUGCCGGCUCUAGGCCUGACGCCGCCGCAAGGGCCAGAGGCGGUGCAGCUAUCUGUGUCGACACCGUCGUCUUCUCGCACCGUCACCUCCUCCACCGGCACCUCUGCGCGCCCCCCAUACCCCUGGACCCACGCCGCUCACAUCUCCCCAGCAGCCACGCCCGCCACCAGCCCCACCAGGUCGUCAUGGCGUGCGCUGGCUCCCGGCAGCCCGCGGCGAGCUGGGUGGCGCGGGUCAGCCCAGCGCACCCCCUUGGAGCCGCUGGCCGCUGCCUCAGUCAACGCGCACGCUGCGACCGCUACUGCUCCCGCUCCUCAGGCUGCCACUCCUUCCGCUGAGCCUGCCGCCGUUCCCACGGGUAGCUCGUCGGGUCCUUCUCGAGCAAGGGACGGCGACGCGGUGAGCCAUGGCGGGUGUCGCCUUGCGACGCCCCAGUCCAAGGCCAAGGAUGAGACGCCCCUGGGGCGCCUCCAUGGUGGAGCGACUGCAGCGGCGGGGAGUGACGCGCACAUGCAGGCUGGGAGGGCGGAGUCAAACACUGUGCCGUGUGCGAUCCCCUCGCCGCUGGCAGGACAAGCCAUGUGCGCGUACCGCGCGCUCAUGAAGCAACGCGCACGGCAAGCGGAGCAAGCCGCGACUCCCACGGGCACAGGGGUGGCGGAGACGGAGGAUCGCGCACGUGGGGAAGUGAAGCCCGCGUAUCCGGUGGGAGGCAUGGCGGAGGGGCGACGGGGCAGCGCGGGGAAGAGAGAAGCAGCCCCUCCGACCAUGCCGAGGGUCCCUCCCAAGCGGGCGAGGCAUCACGACGACACCGAAACCACUGUGCACUCGCCUCUUUCCAACCCCGUACCUGCCUCCGCCUGCGCACUCCCCUCCGCCUCCUCGCCUCCACACUCGGUAACGCCAGUGGCAUGGAACAGAGAAGAGCGCGCGGUGGGGGGGAGUGCGCGGAACGAGGGUGAGGAUGAGGAGAUGGCGGACGCCAUGGACGAGGGCUCCACGCCCCCCGCCCCGCAGCAUCGCGGCAGGGCGGAGCGAAGCGACGGCGGUGGUGCGCGGCACGGCGCGGCCAGGCAGCAGGACGAGAGGGGGGAGGGUGGGCGGAGGGAUGGGGAGGAGCGGGAGGUGCCGGGGGAGCGUGUGAGUGGGAACAGCGUGGACGUGGACGUGGGCGCAGCGGAGAGGGGGGAUGCGAAGCGGUGGGCGGACAAUGAGCACGCCAGUGGUGGAGGUGGUGUGGCAGCGGGUGGCGCAGGGCGUGCAGGGCAUGGCGGAGCCGAUGGAGCAGAGGGAGCGCGGGCGGGCAGCGGUGUUGAAGGGGGCGAUGUGGUGAGGGAGGAGGAGGGGGCGGUGUACAUGAAGGGGCAGUGGUACAGGAAGGUGAAGGCGGUGGGCAAGGGCGGCAGCUCGGUGGUGUUCAAGGUGGUGGCGCGCGACGGACAGGAGUACGCGGUGAAGCGCAUCCGCGCGGAGGGCAGCAACAUGAGCGAGUUCAAGCAGGAGAUCUCCAUCCUCACGCGGCUCAGGGGCAAGAAGAGCAUCAUCUACCUCUACGACUCCGCGGUGUGCGAGCGCGAGCAGGUGAUCUACCUGCUGCUAGAGUUCGGCGAGAUAGACCUGGCGAAGAAGCUCGAGAAGCUGCACAAGGAGGCGGACGACCUACACGCCGCCACGCCGCUCCACGCCACUGGCUGCAAGAUAGAGGAAGCCGUGCUGCGCCACUUCUGGCUCGGCAUGUUGAAGGCGGUGCACACGAUUCACGAGGCACGCAUAGUGCACGCGGACCUGAAGCCAGCCAACUUCCUCAUCAUCGAGGGCGACCUCAAGCUCAUCGACUUCGGCAUCGCCAGGGACAUCCCCAACAACACCACCAACAUCUCACGCGACGGAUGUGCGGGCACGGUGAACUACAUGUCGCCCGAGGCCCUCAUGGCGCAGGAGCCAGAGGUGGGCGGAGGCGGCACGGCAUCCAAAAUCAAGAUGGGGCGCCCAGCAGACAUCUGGUCGCUGGGCUGCAUGCUCUACCUCAUGGUGUACGGCCGCACACCCUUCCAACACAUUCCGGGCUGGAGCAAGAUAAAGCACAUCUGUGAGGAGUCGUGCCCCAUUGACUUCCCCCCUGUGGCCAACCCCCACCUCCUGGACAUCAUGAAGCGCUGCCUUGUGCGCAACCCCUCUCACCGCAUCACCCUCCCCCAACUCCUCGCCCACCCCUACGUCUGCGCCUCCACCCUCCACGCCCCUCCUGCUCCCUCCCUACCUCAACUGCCGCCUCCUGAUGCCGCUGCUGCUGCUGCCGCUAUAACCGCCGCCGCCGCUGCUGCUGCUGCUGCUGCCGCUUCUGUCAACAGCAAUCUGCAGCAGGCUCAGGGGAUCCAGGAGGGCAGUGUGAACAGCGGUGGUGCUAGUGCAGGGGCAGGCAACAGUGAGAAGCUGUUGCAGGACAUACUAGCACAAGUGGCCAGGGCUGCAGGAGCGAACCCAGCAGCCAUUGGGCUGGCGACGCAGGAGAUACUGAAGCAGCUCGCAUCGGGCAAGUCGGAGGGCCUUGACAUCCAGGAGAUUUUCCGUGCAGCCGGUGCAUUCGCCCCUCCUCUACCACCCCCCCCGGCCCCUGCAGCCAAGGCUCCGCCCCCUCCCCCUCCACCACCCAAGAAGGCACCCCCUCCCCCUCCGCCCCCUCCUGGCAAGCCGGGGGGCAAAGCGGCGCCGCUGCUGAUCAAGAAGGGUGUCAAGCCCAGGGCUGGAGGGCCUGCCGGGCCUGCUCCGGGCGACCUGGCAGCCGCAGCCGCUGCUGCUGCCCGCAGGAGGGCAGAGGGCGGGGCGGUGAGGAUGAGGCCCCUUGCAGAGAAAAAGGGCGGCGACGGACCCCUCUUCCCCACUCUGCGAUCAGGACUGAGGAGGCCCGGCGGGGGUGCAGGGGGGGCGGGCAUGGGUGCUAUGAGUGCAGACCAGUUUGAGGCAGAACUCCUGAAGCAGCACACUCGCUUGAGGCCUGUGAAGAGAAGCAGUGAUGCUGCCGUGUCCAAGGCAGCGGAGGGCAAGGACGAAGCGGACAAGAGGAGAAGCUCUGUGCCUUGGGAGGGACUGCUGAAGAAGGGGCUGGAGAAGCGGAAGAAGGCAAACAAAGACGACGACGACACGACAGUGUGGGAGUGACGCAAGGUCAAGCACGAGGGACAGUUCCAACCAAUGACUUUCUAAUCAGAUCACUUUUUGCAUACUGGUUUUGAUGAGCAAUGGCACCUAGGGAACCUUGCAGGCGUUGCGUGCAUGCAGUGACUAGAGGUGCAGGCAGGUGACAAUCUUUCUAGUACUUGAAGGCAUAAAUAGGUUUGAAACAC